AUGGUGCCUGGUUCCUCUCCCAAUUUGGUCAUAAACCCAUUGGUUACAAAUGGGUUUACAAAAUUAAAUACAAGUCUGAUGGUACCAUUGAGCGCUACAAAACUUGCCUUGUUGCUAAAGGAUAUACUCAGGUUGAAGGUGUUGAUUAUCUUGAGACAUUUUCUCCUACUACGAAGCUCACUACUCUUCAUUGUCUUUUUACUGUUGCUACUGCACGCAAUUAGUUCAUAUGUUCAAAAUGCUUUCCUUCAUGGUGAUUUACAUGAAGUUGUGUAUAUGGAACCUCCUCCUGGUCUUCGCCGACAGGGGGAGAGCGUUGUAUGUCGGCUCAAGAAGUCCCUCUAUGGACUCAAACAAGCAUCCAGAAACUGGUUCUCUACCUUUUCAGAUACCAUUCAGAAAGCUGGUUAUCAACAAUUAAAGGCUGAUUAUUCUCUUUUCACCAAAGCUCAAGGUACUUCCUUUACUGCAGUUCUUAUCUAUGUUGAUGACAUACUCCUCACAGGAAAUGAUCUCCAAGAGAUGGAAGGUCUCAAAGCAUUUCUUCUUAAACGCUUAUGCAUCAAAGAUCUGGGUGAUUUAAAAUAUUUUUUGGGCAUUGAAUUCUCACGUUCCAAGAAAGGCAUUUUCAUGUCUCAAAGAAAAUAUGCACCAGAUAUUCUACAAGAUUCAGGGCUCUCAGGAGCACGCCCAGAAAAGUUUCCCAUGGAACAGAACUUGAAGCUUACCCCCACAGAUGGAGCAUUGCUGAAUGACCCAACUAAGUACAGAAGAUUGGUUGGAAGACUGAUUUAUCUUACUGUCACGAGACCUGAUAUAGUUUAUUCUGUUCGGACACUAAGUCAAUUCAUGCAUGAGCCUCAAAAACCACAUUGGGAUGCUGCCAUACGGAUCCUCAAUUAUGUCAAAGGUACGCCUGGUCAAGGUCUGUUAUUCUCUGCUACCAACAAUCUUGCCUUAAGAGCAUUUUGUGAUUCAGAUUGGGGUGGUUGUCGUGCCACAAGAAGGUCAGUUACAGGUUACUGUGUUUUUCUUGGAAAUUCUCUCAUAUCAUGGAAAUCCAAGAAACAAACCAAUGUUUCUAGAUCAUCAGCAGAAGCCGAAUAUCGAGCUAUGGCAAAUACAUGUUUGGAACUAGGUUGCGAUACGUAUUGGAAGAUUUAA